UCCACUUCCUGUGUCUGCAUCUGGGUCUUACCCUGAGUCGUGAUAAUUUCCUUUAAUAAAAGGUAGGCCUAUGGCAUACAUACCCCCUAAAUUCGAGUGUUGGAUAUAACCUAACAGCCCUUCACUGAUAUGGAGGUAGGCUAUUUAAGGAGUGCAUGGUGGGUGGAGAAAUUGACCACAAAUCUAACGUCUAAUUUCAUCUUUCAAACAGCACCAUGAGCUGCCGUUUUCCGGUUGAUUGCGCUGAGGCUGCUGCUUCAAGUUUCAGCCACACAAAUUCUCGGUUAUGUUAGCAGUGGGGCAGAUGGACGGGUCCCGACAGAGCGCUUUCCUCCUAAGCACCGCACCUUUAGCGGCUCUGCAUAGCAUGACGGAGAUGAAGACCCCACUCUACCCAGCCUACACAUUAUCUUCCACCGGUCCGGCCUCUUCUACCUCACCUACUGCCACCUCUCCAAACCCCGGUGGCAUCCCGAUGUCCUCACCGGGAAUCAAAACAUCCUCCGGAAUGUCAUCGCUCGGAUCGCUCCAUCAAUGCAUUGCGCUAGGCACACCUCAUGGAAUAAACGACAUCCUUAGUCGUCCUUCGGUCCUUGCCCCAGGAGCUGCUGCUGCCGUUGCUGCGUCCUCUUCUGCCGGCAUCUUGUCCGGACUGCCCCGCUUCAGUAGCUUGAGCCCCCCGCCACCCCCUGGACUCUACUUCAGCCCCAGUGCUGUGGCAGUGGCUCGCUACCCCAAGCCCUUGACAGACCUUCCAGGCAGGACCCCGAUAUUCUGGCCAGGAGUCAUGCAAAGCCCACAUUGGAGAGACGCCAGAUUCGCAUGUUCACCGCAUCAAAAUUCUAUACUGCUUGACAAAGAUGGAAAAAGAAAGCACACACGUCCCACCUUCUCUGGACAGCAAAUAUUUGCCCUAGAAAAGACUUUUGAACAAACGAAAUAUCUGGCUGGACCGGAGCGAGCACGACUGGCCUACUCGCUGGGAAUGACAGAGAGCCAAGUAAAGGUGUGGUUUCAAAACCGAAGAACGAAAUGGAGAAAACGCCACGCGGCUGAGAUGGCUUCGGCAAAGAAGAAGCAGGAUUCGGAGACGGAGAGGCUGAACGGGGCCUCGGAGAAUGAAGAGGAUGAUGAUGAUUAUAACAAGCCGUUGGACCCUAACUCAGACGACGAGAAAAUAACACAAUUACUGAAAAAACACAAACCAAACUCCUCACUCCUUAUUAAUACAUCAGAAAACGACAGUUCGUAGACAGACACGGGGAAAAAAUACGUUUGAUGAAACAUUUAAUCGUGGAACUGGUGCAGGUUGUGUCCCUUUUUUCGUCAACAUUUUUAAAUGAAUAAGUUUGCACGAGGACGGAGGAUCAAAGGAAUAGACGCAAUUGUGUAGUCUGGAACAGUGGCCAAAACAUGGACACAAUUUAUAGAAGUUUGAACAUUACGAAGAUGAUACUUACAUGUAAAUAGAAACGUGAGUUGUAUUCAAUAGAAAUUAUAUUACUGUGAAUAUUUAUGUGUAAAAAACGUUGUUUUUUUGUAUAGAAAGCACUGCUGAGUCUCUUCCUCUUAGUUGUUCUGACGUCUGACAUCGUUACAGCUUUGUCAAUUGCAAAAAGCAUAGCCUAUAUUUUCAUGUUUAGUUUUGUUUUUGAAACUUGACAUAUACAUUGCAUUUCAUAGUGAAGUAAUAAGAUCCACCUGUUUGUAGGGCCCAAUUUUCAACCAUUAGGGCUUCCAAAAAAAUAUCAGAACAAGCCUAACAGGCAUCCCCAUUGGUUCUGUGGACUAGAAGAAUCGUUUAUAUAUAUAUAUAUAUAUAUAUUUACAAAAUAAAUGGAAAUUAAAUUAGCCACAUAUUUUAAGUGUAAAGAAUACCGGUUGUGACGCAAUUGAAGUACAUUUGUAAAAUAAAUGCACAUUGUGUGUUUCUCUAAUGGUAAAAUGGUUUCCCCUCACACUUUACUUAAUUUAUAUAAUAUUUUAAGUUUGUAACAGUGAUUGAAUCCUGCAAAAAUGUGUAUCGCGGGUUCAUAUGUAAUGCACUUUUUAAAAAAAAUAAAAGGUAAGAUUAACGUUGCUUUACUCUGGAUAUACAUAAAACAAUUCAAUUGCGUUCUUGGCAGUAAUCACCUGAUGGAGGACAUAAA